GUCAUAAAAACAAACAGGAGCGGUGUAUUUAUGUACGCCACGGAAUGUUCUAUAACACAGUAGUAGAAACUAUAGUAACUGCUAUUUAUAAUCGACAACAAGAAGGAAGAAAAAGACACUGAAUUUUCCUCCUGGAAGCAGCGGAUGGCCAAUUGUUGGAGAAACACUGGAUUUUCUCAGAGCAAACCGAGAAGGCAAGCCAGAGAAAUUUGUAGAAGACAGAAUAGAGAAAUACAAGUCUAAAAUCUUCAAGACUUCGAUAAUGGGGGAGAAUGUCGUUGUAAUUGGGGGUGCUGGGGGUAAUAAGUUCUUGUUUAGCAAUGAAAACAAGAAAGUCAAUGUUUGGUGGCCUGUAACUAUUAGAAAAUUGUUAGGACCUUGUUUGAUUACUAGUGUUGGAGAAGAAGCCAAACUCAUGAGGAAGAUGCUUUCUUAUUUUAUUAGCCCUGAUGCUUUUUCGAGACUCUACACCAAAACCAUGGAAGUUGUUGCCCUGGACCACGUCGACAAGUAUUGGGAAGGUAAAGAGCAGGUGAAGGUGUACCAUCUCCUCAAAUUAUACACUUUCAAAGUGGCAUGUCAGCUAUUCAUGAGCAUUGAAGACCACAAUGAAAUUGAAAAGCUUUCAACACUUUUCAACAUUUUCUUGAAAGGAUUAAUAGCAAUCCCUGUAAAUUUACCUGGUACAACUUUUCACAAAGCAACUAGAGCUGUAGUUACUAUCAGAAAAGAACUAUUGCAAAUAGUCCGAAAAAGAAGAGAAGCCUUAGAACAAAAGACAGCUUCACCUUCACAAGAUAUUUUGUCUCAUUUGCUUUCCUUCCCAGAUGAAAAUGGAAAGUUCAUGUCUGAACUUGUUAUUGUUAAUAACAUAUUGUUGCUGCUCUUUGCUGGCCAUGACACUUCAACUGUAGCUCUUACUUUACUCAUUAAGAGACUGGGAGAGCACCCUCAAGUUUAUGAAAACAUUCUGCAAGAGCAUAUUAAGAUAGCUUCAGCGAAAAAAGAAGGGGAGUCUUUGAACUGGGAUGAUAUACAGAAAAUGAAGUAUUCGUGGAACGUACUUUGUGAAGCUAUGAGACUGAAACAGCCUAUAAUAGGAGCUUAUCGAGAAGCAAUUGUUGAUAUAAAUUAUGAAGGUUAUCACAUGCCUAAGGGGUGGAAGUUCUACUGGAACACUACUUUAACAAGUCUGGAUCCAGAGUAUUUCCCUAAUGCAACAAGCUUUGAUCCAUCAAGAUUUGAAGGAGCUGGACCUGCUCCAUUUUCAUACGUUGCAUUCGGGGGAGGACCCCGAAUGUGCAUUGGGAAAGAGUUCGCUCGGCUAGAGAUGCUCGUAUUUCUUCACAUCAUAGUCAGGAAAUUUAGAUGGAAAUUAGUUGUUCCUGAUGAGAGAAUUAUAUAUGAUCCAAUGGCUACCCCUGUUGAAGGACUUCCCAUUAGCCUUCAAAACCACAAGCCUUGAGAUUGAACCUUUACUUUUGAUGGAGAUACAUAAAAAGCAUAGGGGAGGAACUAGCUUAUAAGUUAUUGGUUCACGUGAAUGCAAUAGCCUUAUCCCUAUCUUUGUAUAUUUAUUAAGAAUUUAUUAAAUAUCUAUAAUUAUUUUAUUGUGA